GACUUCAACGCGAUCCGCGCGUUCGUCACGGAUCAUCUUAUGAGCAUCAGCGACCAAAAGGCGUUGAGAUAGGGUCAUAUUGUCUAAAUCCCGAAGAGCGUCGCGAUGAAUCAAGUCGAAAUCAUCCAGCGGGCUGUCAGCUGCCCGUUCAUCUCUGGUCGGACUCGGAGAAUCUGUGACGCCCUUCCCUUUUUCUUCUCGCGACAAACGACCUCUCAGAGGCAUGAUCCUGGAUUUAGGGGACGACUACAACCGCCAGACGAUACCGACAAGCCUGUGUGAAGAGAAAUGUACCUAGAGAGAGAAAGUAAAAGUAGAGAGAAGGGAGAGAAAGCGGAAUACCUGAACUUGCAGAGAAGAAUGACGAAAGCCAAAGGGAGGAGCCUAUUUAUAGCAAAAACAAGGGCACAUCCUCCGAAGCGCAAUCAUUAGGUCUAAAGAAACCUAAAUGGGCCUCAAAGGCCGCCUAAAUACCCAAAGGCUUACUCGCGACGGUUCGGUUUCUCGUUCAAACCGAUCUCUAAUCGAGAUGCCAAACCGAAAUUAAUCCCUGAUUUCGGUCUAAACCGGUUUUCUAACGAAAACCGAUGAGAUAAGCUUGAGCUCUUAUAUCGAAGUAAUUCGCCUACCGAGUAAAACGUGCCUCCGUGACAAAAACCUCGGCGAGCAAAGCAGAUCAUGAAGAAGUACUACUCUAAGCGACUAGAAACGUCAAUAAAGCGGCAUGCGACUAAACACGCUAGGACCUGAUAUACGAACGAACCUGACCCACAAAUUCACUGAGACCGCUAUGCCGCUCACAAGUGAACUGGGGGGGGGGACUUAUUGUAGGAGAUGGAUUACAUCCCUCCACAAGGCCCAUCGAAUAACAGGCCCUAGCCCGGCAAGCUUGACCAGUUUAGUCGGCUUAAGCGGCAAAAGGUGUCGGCUCGACCCAGAGUACUUUUAGGCGAUCAGCUAAGCCGACUAAAUACGCUCGGCUUAUAGAGAACAGUACCAAGGCCCGCAUACUCGGCCUUUAACGACAGGGCCCAAAGGACGACACGAUUAAGGCAUCACGGACGGUUACACUAUAAGAGGGGGAUGAGGAGACAACGAAAGGGGGACUUUUGGACAACACACACAGAAGCGGCUAGAUCUAGGGUUUCCUAAUCAUCUCUUUGAUCCUGUUGCUUAAACCUUUGAUCUUGUCUCCUUAUUUCCCGUCAAUCUUGUAACCUCUUGUUUGAUUCUAAUAAAAGCGUCUUUAGUCACCUCAUUCAUACGUUCAUUAUUCUAAUCAACCGAAUCCUGCAUAAACAAACUGCUGGCAUAAUAGCCAUGUCUGCGACAUACCCUAUGGAUAUGGUUCGUGGAAGGCUAGCUGUCCAGACUGCGAACUCUCCUUAUCAAUAUAGAGGAAUUGCACAUGCUUUGUCAACUGUCGUGCGUGAGGAAGGUCCACGUGCCUUGUACCGUGGUUGGCUUCCAUCAGUGAUUGGAGUUGUUCCUUAUGUGGGCUUGAACUUUGCUGUCUACGAGUCUCUAAAGGACUGGCUAGUUAAAGACAAUCCAUUCGGACUGGUGGAGAACAAUGAGCUGACCAUUAUAACGAGACUCUCUUGUGGUGCUAUAGCUGGAACGGUUGGUCAAACGAUUGCUUAUCCGCUGGAUGUGAUUCGUAGGAGAAUGCAAAUGGUGGGGUGGAAAAGUGCGUCCUCUGUUGUUACAGGAGAGGGGAGAAGCAAGGCUUCGCCUGAAUACAACGGUAUGGUUGAUGCAUUUAGGAAGACAGUUCGUCAUGAAGGCUUUGGAGCAUUGUACAAGGGUUUGGUCCCCAACUCAGUGAAGGUGGUACCAUCAAUUGCGAUUGCAUUUGUGACAUAUGAGAUGGUGAAAGACGUUUUAGGAGUUGAGUUUAGGAUAUCAGACUGAGUCAGUUUGAUGAUAUCUUCAAGAAGAGAGCACACUUUCUAUUUUUGUAGCCGAGGAGACAGAAGAGAAGCUCGAAACUUAGGUGCUUUUAUUUGAAUCUCCUGCCAGCAUCCGUUGAAGGGAUGAAAGGCUAUAGGGCUUUAGCCAGACUUUCUAUUUCUUUCAUCUUUUUUCGUUCUUUCUUUCUAUUUAUAGAUUGAGUGUUCUUCUGAUAAUCAAAUAAGUGAAAAGCCAACUAUAGAUAGCAAAACCUAUUUGCUACUACUGAGUUUGUGCUUACAGGUUUUGGUUGUCUUAAAUUUCCAUUAUUUUUCUCUUAUGGAUUAGUUGAAUAAUUCAUGUGUUUUUGAAGAGAGCGUGCCGUUUUAGUGAUCUAUCAA